UGGGGGACCGAGCGGGGGCGGGAGCGGAGCGGCAACAACGAUGGUGUCCAACGAUCGUAGGGACACGAAGGUAGACAUCCCGCUCCCACCGUACAUGACGCCCUCGGCAGAGAAAUUUGCAGAUAAACGAGUUAAGAGACACAGCAUACACGGCAUGAUGGAGGAGGAAAAUGUGGUCCGACCUCAUCAGGAAAUUGCCGCCCUUUCGCUGGAGGAGAAAAAGUACUUGCUUGCAGUCGAGCGGGGUGAUGUCGCUACCACGAGAAGAAUACUGGAGAAAGCGGAAGCGGAAUCACACAUCAACAUCAACUGUGUCGAUCCGUUGGGCCGGUCCGCCCUGCUGAUGGCCAUCGAUAACGAAAAUCUGGAGAUGGUCGAACUGCUCAUCAAUCAUCGGGUGGACACGAAGGACGCUCUGUUGCACGCCAUCUCGGAGGAGUUCGUCGAGGCGGUGGAGGUGCUGCUGGACCACGAGGACAGCUGUCACAAGAAUGGAGAUCCUCACAGUUGGGAAGCCCUGCCACCGGAUACGGCCACCUUUACGCCGGACAUAACGCCCCUAAUACUGGCUGCCCAUCGUGAUAAUUAUGAAAUAAUAAAAAUUCUGCUUGACCGCGGUGCCACACUGCCUAUGCCGCAUGACGUACGAUGUGGUUGUGAUGAUUGUGUUACUUCCCGACAGGAGGACUCGUUGCGUCACUCUCGAUCGCGCAUAAACGCGUACCGAGCACUGGCGAGUCCGUCGCUUGUAGCGCUGUCGUCGAAAGACCCCAUACUGACCGCCUUCGAGCUGAGCUGGGAGUUACGAAGGUUAAGCUUCCUGGAGCACGAGUUCAAGAAUGAGUACCAGGAGCUUCGACGACAGUGUCAGGACUUUGCAACGGCACUACUCGAUCACACGAGAUCUUCGCACGAGCUGGAGGUACUGCUCAACCAUGACCCCACCGGACCGGCCUUUGAACAUGGCGAUCGAAUGCAUCUAAACCGGUUAAAGCUUGCCGUAAAGCUACGCCAAAAGAAGUUCGUUUCACAUCCGAACGUGCAGCAGCUGCUGGCCAGCAUCUGGUACGAAGGGUUGCCGGGCUUCCGGAGGAAAAACAUGGCCCUGCAAGCGCUGGAAAUUGUGCGAAUAGGCAUCAUGUUUCCACUGUUUUCCUUCUCUUACAUCAUCGCACCGCACUCGUCGCUCGGCCAAACGAUGCGUAAACCGUUCAUCAAGUUCAUCUGCCACAGUGCGUCGUAUUUUACGUUUUUAUUUCUACUGAUGCUGGCAUCGCAGCGCAUCGAAACGGUGAUGGGUGGCGUGUGGGGUGCCGAAGUUAGCCAGGAGCAUGACGAAGUGCCUACGAAGCGCGGUGCGAGCCCAACCCUGAUCGAGUGGCUCAUAUUGGCCUGGGUUAGCGGACUUAUAUGGAGCGAGGUGAAGCAGCUGUGGGACGUGGGCUUGCAGGAGUACGUGAACGAUAUGUGGAAUGUGAUAGACUUUGUGACCAACUCACUGUACGUGGCGACGGUGGCACUUCGAGUCGUUUCCUACUUCGAGGUCCAGAAGGAGAUGACGUACAACAAGUAUGCGGCGGACUUACCGCGCGAAAAGUGGGACACCUGGGACCCGAUGCUAAUAUCCGAGGGUCUGUUCUCUGCGGCCAACAUCUUCAGUUCGCUCAAGCUGGUGUACAUCUUUUCGGUCAAUCCACAUCUUGGACCGCUGCAGGUAUCGCUCUCCCGCAUGGUGAUGGACAUCAUGAAGUUCUUCUUCCUGUACGUGUUGGUACUGUUCGCGUUCAGCAGUGGUCUCAAUCAGCUUCUUUGGUACUAUGCGGAUCUGGAGAAAAAACGUUGUCCAGAUGUGUCCAAUUUUUCCGGACCAAAUAUCACCUCCACGGAUCCGAACGCUUGCAUCGUAUGGCGACGGUUUGCUAAUCUCUUCGAAACGAUACAGACACUGUUCUGGGCCGUGUUUGGACUGGUGGAUCUGGAGAACUUUGAGCUGGACGGGAUCAAAAUCUUUACGCGGUUUUGGGGCAUGCUGAUGUUUGGGACGUACUCGGUGAUCAACAUUGUUGUGCUGCUGAACCUACUGAUCGCCAUGAUGAAUCACUCAUAUCAAUUAAUAUCGGAACGUGCUGAUGUCGAGUGGAAGUUUGCCCGUUCGAAGCUGUGGAUCAGCUACUUUGAGGAGGGCGGAACCUGUCCACCGCCGUUCAACAUCAUCCCAACCCCGAAGUCGCUGUUCUACAUCUUCCAGUGGGUGAAGCGAAAGUUCUGCGGCCACUCAAAGGCGGUAAAGAAGGAACACAUGAAAACGAUUCGACGGAAGGUAAAGCAGGCGAGCGAGCGGGACUUCCGCUAUCAAAGCAUCAUGCGCAAUUUGGUGCGCCGGUACGUGACGGUCGAGCAGCGGAAGGCGGAAUCGCAGGGCGUCACCGAGGACGAUGUGAACGAGAUCAAGCAGGACAUAUCGGCGUUCCGGUGCGAGCUGGUGGAGAUCCUGAAGAACAGCGGCAUGAACACGGCCAUUGCAACCGGGCAGGGCAGCGGUGUUGGUGGUAAGAAGAAUCGCCAGAAGGAGCGGCGAUUGAUGAAGGGCUUCAACAUAGCGCCACCGCCGGCACCGGAUGCGGGACAGCAUCUAACGCCCGUGUCGGAGUUCAUCUCCCAACUACCGGACCAUUCACCGCAUGAGCUGUUCGCGGGUGUGUUUGGGCCGGGAUUAACUCCCAAGAAGGCAUUGCACCAGGUGAACCCAAUGCAUCAAUAUUCGUCCCAAUCCCAGAGUUCCUUCGGCGAGAACAAUAACCCCAUGCACAAGCUAGCAAAGUUGGCACCGAAAUUCAACUCCAAGAGUCGUCCCGGAUCACACAAGAAGCGUUGGGGCACUCUCAUCGAAGCAGCUAAGCAUGGCAGCGUGUCCAAGUUUAUCGGACGCUCACGGUCCGAAGACUCGGUGUGCAAUCACGGUCCGGGGAGAGGUGAAUCGGCCAGCCAUAGUAACAGCCCGGCCUCGGACGAAGCCAUCACGGAAUCACCGUCCGAUUCGAACCCCAGUCUCGAUCGGCCCGAUGUGGAACAGUGUCCCGAUCCGCACAAAAACCACCAUCGAAACCGGGACCGGCAUCAAGACCGUCGGCAGCAUGGCGGAAGCGAUCGCACGGCGCAGCACAGUACGACCGCUAACGGGAAGAAUGGACGUGAAGCGAAGGAGCAUGCGCAUCACUAUCAUUUGCAUUUCGGUGCGCUGGCAGCACUGAAGCGCAAGCGAAAAAAGUUCUCCAACAGCCGCAACUCCAGCCCGGUGCUGGAGCCACCGAGCGAGCUGCCGUUGGUGACGAAUACCGUCAGCACGACGGGUAAUUCAAGCAGUAAGGUACUGAAACGUGCUUCCAGUGUACCGACGCGUGGGGCCAGUGAUGAACCGGAAGCAACCGUUAGCGUUCGACCGGCCCGUCACGAAGCGACGCAAAGCCAACAGCACUCGAUCGAGCAUCAGCUCGAAGGUGCGGCACCAUUAACACCCUCCACCACGGAGGAAAGCGUUGACCAGCAACCGGCGUCAGCCCAACCGCAGACCACUCUCGCAGUGCACAAGCACCAAAAGAUCAUACGCGGUAGGAACAGCUCCAACGAACCCCUACUGCGUCUACAGGAACAUCGUGAUAGUAGUGAUGGCGGUACGGCAGGCGGUUGCGAACCAUCGGCCGGUGGUGGAAUUGGGUCGGGCGGUGGACCAUCGUCAGCAUCGUCCACGCUGCGCUCGGUACCGAAGAUACCAGGUGUAACGCCGCUAAGGGGCCAUUUACACUCCCAGGGUUGGUUAUAGGAGAUGGCGAUGCAUCGAAACGCAGGCUACACUAUUUGUAUGUAAAUAUAGCUGAACAUCCAGUUGCAUUCCAUCGGCGUACGAAGGAACGGAAUGAUUGGAUGCAACACAAGGUCGAGAGUGUGUAAACUAGUCAAAAGCAUCAAUUCUAAACGAGGUGUACAAGCGAUGUGAGGUAGCGUUGAGUUAAAUGAGAAACUACAUUCUCUUAACUAGUCUGAUGAGACACAUUUAAAGAUCAUUGGAAGUAUGGUUGUCAGAUAUUCCAGCAGUUUGUAUUAAUCCUCACGAGGGAUACUUUGUAGGGCCUAAACGGGAAAUGUAACGGGUUGCGGACAAAAAAACGCUAACCCGCAAUGGUGCCGAUCCUGUCAAGAUCUCCGCUCCGUAAGGCUAGGAUUCACAGACCAAGUGAUCCUGGAACCUUUGGGCGACGAAGCGAAGAUCCUAGCCACAAUCGCACGAGGAAUUGUUCAACCGACGGAUUCUGUGGUAGCUUUAAGGAAUAGGUGUGUAUAACGAUAACAUACAAUAAGGGACCAGGUCUCUUGAGGAAGUGUUCGCACGUGCUAAGCGGCGGUCAACGGUAGCUGUUAAACUAUCAUUUGUUAUUCGCUAUUGGAAAUCGUACAGGAACACAGGCGGUCGGGGUAGAAAUUGGUUGGUUGUCCAACCACUUGGACGUGCUACCACUUGGACUCACAUGUGCACAUUUAUGCAUUCUCUUUUAACCGGUAGUCGUCUAGACAUGGUGUACGUAAACAACGUGAGCUAAACAUGUCAAAAACCCGUACACCUUAAACUUCUCGAUACAUUUUAGCAUAUUAAGAAAGACAGCCACUACAAUCCGGAUAACCGUACGAUGAGUUAAACAGAUAGAAUAUUACCAGAAAGGGAUGUGAAAAAAAAAUCGUGCGUGAAGAAAUGUUUCUGUAAAUGAAAGGAAAACCCACGGAAAUAGUAAAAGAAACUCGAUAACAACAUUAAUUAAAGAGAAAAUUUAACACAAGAAGUAAAAAGGAGGCCUUAUAAUAACAUGUAACACGAUAUAUGUAUAUGUAUCACAUAACAAAGCAAAACAAAACAGAACAGAAAAAAAUGGAACAACUAUUGAUAACGCGUACGCGUCAACUCUCUUUCAAAGACGACUAGACAUAACGAAACAUAAAAAUGAAUUGAAAAACGAAAUUAGAAAAUCAAGAAAAUGUCAAGCAAACCGUAUGAGAUAAUGAAACAAAAAAAAAUACACACAAACACAGUAAACAAUUCAUUAGCUGCAAUCGAAAGGUAACAAGUUCGGUAGAUAUAAACUUAAGGCAAGUAUAAAAAAAACUAUACGUAGAAAACAGGAAUAAUGGUUUGGCGAAAACAAGAAACCCGUCGUCUAAGUGCAGAAGAAAAGCUAGAAACGUAAACACGAAAAAUUAUAUUAGAAAACGAAACAAAACCAAAAAACUAUAACCUAUUAAAAGAAAAAAAAAACAGACGAAAAGGGAGAAAAGGGAAAGCACCAGUAACAGAAGGGAUUCGUUUAAUCAAAACAAAGUAAACUUCUAAAAUUUAAAAGCAGGACUUGCGUGCGGUAUAAAUGGGAAGAAUUGUAGAUAUAUGAAGGUCGUCAGCAGAGAUUUAACCAGCCAGAUGUAGAUGGAUUUGUUAACAGUAUCGUUUGUUGGAUUGUUUUGACAAAGAUGGGGUGGAAACAAAUGUUGAAGUAUAGUAUGGAAGGGAAUUGGUUAAACUUUGCAAGAAGGCUUGCAUAGAUAGACAAAACGGAAAGCGCUUGGUCACAAACUCCAUGCUCUGUGGACAGAGGACAGUGAAGUGAAUUGUAAUAAAUAUCUAAUUUAUUUGAAA